AGUAAUGUUUCCAGGAAACAGUUGUUGCGAUUUCCAUCCAGCAGGACACACAGACAUGGAUCAAGAAGUAAUCAGCGAAUUUAAAGAAAACAUCUUGUCCCUAGAGCUGGCACUGAUGGACUAAGAGUCGUUGAUUGACAGUCCAUUAAGAGUUUCUGGUCCAUCAGUCCUUGAAGAUGUUAUCGAACCCUCUGGCCGAUACUAACGAAACACGGCAGGUUGCUUCAACUGGUCCCUGCCCCCAGUCUGCACUCUAUCAAGACCUGUUGGUGAUGGCCUACAGAGGAACUGCAAAAGCAGAGACUGGGAAGGAAGAUGAAAUGAUGUAUUCAGUUCAGGAACCUCAGACAUCAAGUUUUGUUUUCCUGGAUGCUGCUAAACAGCCGAAACAGUCUUCUUCAGAACUGAAUGGUGAUUUGGGCAACAAUACUAAUUUCAAAGCUGGCACAGAUGAAGCGGACAUGUUCAGAACCACAGCAUGGAAACCGACGCAGACCUUAACGGCUUCGCCUCCCGGAUGUCCAAAAGGAGAGCAACUUGGUUCUCUGGAGCGCUUUCUCUUUGCUCAUCAAAAUGAAAUGAAGCGCUUGCUGACAGGCACGCUCGGUGUCCUGAGCCAGCGUCUCGAGGCAGUCGAGCAAAGGAUCGAGCAGCUGCAUGUUCAGGGCAAUGCACAUGGAAAAAGCUUAGCCCUCCUUCACAGCGAAGUCAACCUACUGGGAAGAAACCUCACUGCUGGGUGUCCGAGCACGUCGGCUGCUCCGAGUAUUCCACCAUCCAGCACUUGUGAAAGUCUCUCAUUUGAGGAAAAGGAAGAUGGUGACAUAUACAAGAUAUCCUCUCAGGGAUCAGUUAGUCAUGGAAGUAGGGAUGCUGUAUGCCAACCAUGGAUUGAUUCAGGGACAGCGAUCGAUUUCUCUGCACAUAACUCUGAUUGUAAUCAUAACGUCGAGCUCCUGGUCCACCCGGGACUUAAUGGAAGCUUAUCUGCACAGGUGAAUACGGCUUUCGGAGCUGGCGACUGUUUACGGGUUUCGGCUUUUGAAGACUUGAACAUGGAACAGGAUACGCUGCUCGGUAAAACGGACAAACGAGACGACCAAAACGAGCCACUUUGUUAUCUAAAGCCUCAGUCUAUCAUGAGCUUGGAUGCAAGCAUUCAGUGUUUACAUGAAUCAGCACAACUUAAGGUGCCUUCUUUCAGUAGUGAAGUUCUUAAAAGUUCAGGGGACGGAAACUCGUGCAAGGAUCCUGGUCCAGAUUCAAGUUCUGGUGUUAAAAAUUGUAAGCCAGAAGGAACGUCUAUCCUGUUGAGACAUCCCUCACCAGACUUGAUGGCAACUAGGUCUCACUUAGUCAGCCAGUCUAGUAUUGCUGACCAAUCUGAAACCUGUCCUGCUCCCUUGAUCAUGACUCUGUCUUCAAAGGGUUCUAGUACAAUAACCAAAAAAGAAGAGUGGCCGUUUUCUGAAGUUGUAUCUUUUCCUACCUUGUUCAAAAUCCCAUCCCUGUCAGAGAUCAUGCCUGGUUUAAGCAACGCUUUACCUUUAGGAGAUAUUUCUAAUCCUGAUGUUGAUGAGCGGACAAAUCAGAGUGGAAUGGGAAAAGGGAAACUCUCAAAGGUUAUAGGUUCCCAGUUCUCCUCAAAAAAUGGAACACUGACCUGUUUAAGGAUAAAAUCUUACCCAUAUCCCAAUCACACAUUAGUCACCCCAGGGGUGUUUGGAACUUUGGAGUCUUACAAGACUUGCCUUUCAGAUAUGGGAUUUCUUUUGCCCUGGACUGGCUCAGAAGUGUCAGGUCUGAAGAAUGGGCCAACAAAACUGCUACAUAGAGGAACCCGGUCUAACCUCAGUAUGACAAAUCUUCUAAAUCACCUGGAUGACCUUGCCUGCCGCUUGAGUCCUAAUAGAUCCUCCAUCAAGAAUGUCUUACCUCUGAGGAGUUACCACAUAAUCGCGUCUAAACUUAAACACCACCAUUCCGUCUCUAAAUGGCCUUCAUUUAACACCAGUCACAUGGUCUUCCUACCCUUUCCAAAGUUAAAAAUGGACACCUGGGGGCCUGUUGUGAGACACGAGAACAGUGUUCACCCAUUUCAUUCAAAGCAACAUGUCCACCUGACCCUCCCUUCCUCACCACUCUUUCAUCUGAUAAGUACGUCACAGACAUUUCAGACUCCCACAUAUUUCCCUAUGCCUGUUUUGAGAAAAGGAAGAUUUCCUAGAGCAGGCCUGAGCACAGUGUUAGCCAUAUCCUCUCCGGCGUCAUUCAGAUUGGGGUUACCGCACAUCCGCCCCCAUUUUUCCAUCACAUCCUCCUCCUCGUCUUUGCUCAAUACUAUGAAGCAUCAGAUUAUAGCUCAGACCAAAUGUUCUCCUGUUCAGCCCCUGGCUGAUUACUCCAGCCCACCAGGUCUGGACAAUGAUCACAGCUAUGCUCAACAAAUCGCUCAAGAUUCUCCUCCCGGAAAGAAAACCACUUCAACGCGGAAACCUAGCGUGUCUCCUUCCCCACGUCGCUCCAUAAAGACCUCCAUAAGUCCAGAGGUGAGCUCGGAUAUUACUCCACCAUAUAGCCUUAAUGUUGAGGUUCUGCAGUUGGAGGUCCCCCCCUCUGAAAAUCUGUCCACUUUGUCCAUAACCGGUCCAAAUCUUAAGACUCUAGAAGCUUCUGCAGAGGACAAGCAGGUGGAGCUUCAUGAAUCCAGCACCUCGUUGCAACCAGCUCAAAGGUCUAAACGGGUUUCUCAGAUUCGCAUCCGCAAGGCGGUGCCCAAGCCAGACAAAAACCUCACCCCAAUGGGGCUCCCUAAACCAAAGCGAUUAAAGAAGAAGGAGUUUAGUCUGGAGGAGAUUUACACUAACAAGAAUUACAAAUCUCCAACUCCAAACAGAAGCUUGGAGACAAUCUUCGAGGAGCCAAAGGAGAAGAACGGUACACUGGUUUGCAUUGGCCAUCAAAAACGAAAGAGAGUUUUAGAUUUCCCAGAUUUUACCUUACCACGUAAACGCAAAGCCAAGGCCAACCUAAGUUCUCUGCGAUUAAAGGGAUCCCGUAGAGCCAAAAAGAAAGACGCAGACCUGAAUGUCAUGCUACUCCAGAGACUCAGUGAACUGGAGGACUACUUCAUUCGCCAAGGACUGGAGGACUAGUCAAGCUUCAUCAACACACAACUUCUUCACUUAUCCUGCUUAGCUUAAAUCCUUAAGGGUUCAUUGGAGCAUCUCUCUUGGGCAAUCCUUUUAGGUUUUAUAGAAAACCUUACACCAGAAGGUUUCUCAUUUAGAGAGACUUUGAGUAGAAGUAGAAACAGUUUAGGAAGUUAUGAAAGCUUAAAAUCUGGAGAGCUCUUGAGGAACCAGUUAGCAGACCUACAGUGUCUAGUGGAAAAAAAAAACAAAACACUAAUAGCAAAAUCAACAGCAAAUCUCAGCUUCGGUAAUUGUUCUGCUGCCUUUUGAUUUUUGUGUUCUAUGACAAAGUAAAAUAAGUUUUCUGUGAAUUACUGUAAAACCGUUUUAUUUGCUCAAUGCCAGACCUCAUCUGUGGUGUGAAAUAAAAUGUAAGCUGCUAAGAUUCAAAUAAAUCUACUAUACAUAUAUCAUUA